ACCGGAUACAGCAGCUGUUUUUCCGGGACGUCGUCCACCGCUUCUCUCUCGGUAAAAUGGCAGAGGUUGGUCAGAGGCUGGGUAGCGGAGCGUACCGGCUGACCGCUCUCAGAAGCAGCCAAAGUCGACCCGUGGUUACCGGAGAGGGUUCGGGGUGUCUACUGGCCAACUGUACGAUCAGUGACAACCGGAUCACAGAGGAAUCAACCGGUUCUGACAGAACCAGAGAGAGUCUGCAAGCUUCUAAAAGGGCCCUGCACCUGUCAACAAGACUACGGCCUCUUCUCCAGGAGAACCUGUGGUUAGGGAGGAUGGUAUCCUGGAGCAGAGGAACUGUUUCAGGCCACUCUGACAUCUUCAGGUCCCCACAGCAGCUCCGAGAACUCUGCACCUUUGUUUUAAUCCUGACAGAGCAGAGGUCAGAGAGGCCAGGAACUGGACUGAGACUGAAGCGCCUGAAACUACACCCUGAUACCCUGCAAGCAUCUCCAACCUGGAGAAGCUACAGCUGGAGAAGUGACAGCAAACCUGAGAAUGCUAUCCUGCUGUACAGAAGCAGAACAGCUUAUUAUGACAUCCUAAAAGUGUCCCCAGGUGCCACACAGUCCCAGAUCAAGACGGCCUACUACAAGCAGUCCUUCAUCUACCACCCUGACAGGAACCCUGGGAGUGAGGAGGCCAAACAGCGCUUCUCUGAGGUCAGUGAGGCCUACUCAGUGCUGGGCAGCAUCAGCUUGAGAACAAAGUACGACCGAGGUAUCCUGAGCCAGUCAGACAUUCAGAAUGCAGGGAGACCAUCCUCCAGAGAGACCCCCAGCAGAUCCUCGGAGCCCCUACACCAGUACCAACAGAGAUCUGGACAAUUCUCCCGAGCUGGAGGGAAAACCAUGUUUGAUUUUGAUGCCUUCUUUCAAGGUCACUACGGGAAGGAGCUGCAGAGGGAGAAAGACAUGAGAGCAGUGAGGAAACGCGCGGAGGAGGUGUGUAAGGAGAAUUACCGCAGCUGGAAGGAGGAGAAGAGGCCGAAGGCGAUUGCGGGCUUGGUUCUGAUUAUAGCAGCCUUCAUUUUUAUUAAUACCAUGGAGACUUGAAAUAGAAGCAGCAGCAAUUGGACGAGUCCCUUCUGGGGUUGUAUGGCAAGACCUUAGAGGGGAGGAGGGGUGGUGGAGAGAGGGGUGCUACCUCAGAUAGUUUUGCACAGGUUCGGACUGUUGAAGAUGAUUAUUUUUAGCCAGCUGCAGGCGUAAACAAAUCCAACACACCGUUCAUUUUGGACAGGAGCCACAGACAGACAUUUAAGUUAGGCUUCUUCACUUACUGUAUGUGUUUAUAGAGUUAUUGAACACAACAUUCUUCUAGUUUUUUAAGGUAAAAAAAUUAAAGAACAUAAAUUCAAACAUAAAAAACAUUUAAUGCAAAUAUACAGUUAUCAUUAAAAAGUCAGAUUGCACAGUAAUAGCACUAAUUGCUUCAGGAUCAUAUAAUCACCAUCCAGUAAUCUGCAGGUUUAGUUUUUGGACCUUUAUUUAUUUUUCUUCAUUUCAGAAAUGAAGCGAAAUACCAAACAAUCAGUUACUGCCACCACUCUGUUCGUCCACAUGCACCUCUGAUUUAUAAAUUGAAUGUCUACUGCUGAUAAACGCACAACUCAUCUCUCUUACCCUGAUAGAUCUGUAAUUACCUCCAUUGUAGAAAUCGAAGUGCGGAGCUGAUUUCUUAUUAAGAAAUUGUUUGGCUUCCCCCAGGUUCUUCAUGUGUAAACAAAUGAAUGCACUGUGCAUAAAAGGUGUCCCAUAAUAAUAAUAAUAAUAAACGACACUGUAAAAAGUAACUGAAUAAAAGUUAUUCUUCUAUAUUGAAUUUCCACUUAGAGUUAAAUGAAGUUCUUCUUACCUUGUAGUGUUAGCUUUGGCCACAAGAGGGCAUCUGGAUAUAUCAGACUCACCCCUUUGUGACAGCAGAAAGAUCAAGGCGUAAACAGUGUGGAAUAAAUUUGUCUCCUCAGGUA